CUCUUUACUCUUUAGUCUUUACUCUUUACCCCUUCACUAAACAGAAACUAGUUUUUCUUUUUCUUUUUUACUUGAUGGAAAAGUCACGAAUAAAUUGCAUAUAUAUAUCGAGGUCCCUAAUGUUCUCUUGUUUCCCAAAAACACCCCGACUGAAAUAGAGAAAACCCCAUCUCCGCAUCAGCCUUAAACCAUCGCUCACAGUUCUCUUUCUAGCUCGUCCAUUCCGCGCAAGAAUAGCUGGUAGCGGCGAGACGAGCAAUCGCCGUAACUCGAUCUUACCCUCCACCACCGCCAUCUUCGUUUCUCGUCGUCGCUCUUCAUAGGUUUUAGUUUUUGGAAGCGAUGGCGUCCAAAUUGCAUCAGUUGCAAUCCAAGGCUUGCCAAGCGACUCAGUUCGUAUCCAAGCAUGGCACUACCUACUACAAGCAGUUAUUGGAGCAGAACAAGCAGUACAUUCAGCAACCUGCUACUGUUGAGAAGUGCGAUGAAUUGUCCAAGCAAUUGCUCUACACUCGACUGGCCAGGGUUGUGAAUCGAUCAAAUCAUCCCCGGGAGAUAUGAAGCAUUCUGGAAGGAACUUGAUUACGUGAAAAACCUAUGGAAGAGGAGGCAGGAGCUGAAGGUCGAGGAUACCGGCAUUGCUGCGCUGUUUGGACUCGAGUGCUUCGCUUGGUAUUGUGCUGGUGAGAUCGUCGGGAGGGGAUUCACCUUCACUGGCUACUACCCUUGAGAGAGAUAAUAACCCCACUCUGUAGGACGGUUUGUCCGGAGAGAUAAUAGCUUCAGUUGUCAUCUGCGUGAUUGGAACGAACUGCUGGCACUCUACUAGCAGAUUUUUACUUUUUUCCUUCCCCUGCAAAUUUUUUGAAAUCCCUAAACAUUAGUGGUUACUAUUUGUGGCCCUCAAUAAUUUGCUAGGUCGAAGCUGAUUUAGGAGUUCUGCUCGUUGGUUUCAUUUAUCUUGUUGGUAAAGAUCAAUACUGCUUCUCUCAUGGAAUGAUCCAUAAAUUUCUCAGCUGUUUAGUUAACUUCAGUUCGACCCAUCUUUGUAAUCACCCUCUGCUGCGUUCGACUUUCCCCAGCUGAAAUCCUUUGCCGGAACUUGGAAUAGAGUUGAAAUCCUUUAUAGGCUCUUUAUUGUAGGUCUCAUUAGAAUAGUCGUGAUUAGUCAAAGAUGAGAUGUUCUGUGUGCG